AUGACAAGCCAGGAGCCUCAGUAUGAUGUGAUAGUCGUUGGUGCCGGGUUUGGAGGAUGUUAUAUACUCAACGAACUUAGAAAGGAAGGCUUCAAAACACUUCUCCUUGAAGAAGCCUCGGAUCUUGGUGGCGUCUGGUACUGGAACACGUACAAUGGCGCACGGACCGAUACCAGGGUGCCCCUUUACGAGUUUUCCGACGAAAAGAUCUGGAGCGACUGGACAUGGACCGAGAAAUAUCCAGGGGUCGAGGAAAUACAGCGAUACUUUCAGCAUGUGGAUUCAAAACUGAAUCUUAAGAAGGACAUCAAAUUCAACAGUCGCGUUGAAAAGUCUUACUUUGAUGAGCAAAAGGGAGUCUGGAAUGUCUCGACCAAGUCCGACACUUUUGAGACCAGAUUCGUCGUUUUAGCCACUGGUUUCGCUUCCAAACCAUUGAUUCCGGACAUCAAAGGUUUGGAUACAUUCAAGACCCAGGCACAUACUUCAAAAUGGCCAAAAGAGGGUUUUAACUUCCAUGGAAAGCGAGUUGGCGUUAUCGGAACCGGCGCUAGUGGAAUUCAAGUCAUUCAAGAUAUCGCCGGAGAUGUCAAAGAUCUUGUGGUCUUUCAGCGGAGCCCUACCUAUGCGCUGCCAAUGCGGCAGGAGAAGCUUGAUGCAGGAAAGAAGCUGCAGACCAAGGAAGUUUACGACCAUCGAAACACAACGUUCCCUGGCUUGGAGGACGAGUUCAGUUCGCAGUCGGCCUUGGAGGUCUCUGACGAAGAACGCGAACGCUUCUAUGAGGACCUCUGGACCCGAGGAGGAGCGGGAUUCUGGCUCUUUACUUAUAAGGACACCAUUACGAGCCCUGUCGCCAGCGACUAUGCCUACAAGUUUUGGAGGAGCAAAGUUAUCCAACGGAUUAAAAGUCCAGAACUGGCCGAAAUUUUGGCCCCAGAGAAGGCUCCUUACUACUUCGGGACCAAACGUGCUACGCUCGAACAGGCCUAUUACGAAGUGUACAACCGUAGCAAUGUCAGCUUGGUGGAUCUCAAUUCGAAUGCGAUCAAAGAGGUCACCCCGGAUGGAGUGCUGGUUGCUGACGGGAAGUUCUACGAGCUUGAUGUGCUGGUCUUGGCUACAGGCUUUGACUCUGUUACUGGUGGUAUCCUUGCGAUUGACAUCAAGGGAAAAGAUGCUUUGCCACUCGCGCAAAAAUGGGAAGGCGGCGUCCAGACUCAUCUUGGUUUCGCCACUGCUGGAUUCCCUAAUCUCAUCUUUCACUAUGGACCACAGGCCCCAACGAGCUUCUGCAAUGGGCCGACAUGCGCUGAACUCCAGGGCGGUUGGAUCGUGGGCGCCCUGAAGCAUAUACGGGAUCAGAAACUCACUAGCUUGGAAGCGACAAGGCAAUCCGAAACAGACUGGGCGAAGCAAGUUCAGUUCAUUGGCGAUCAGACCUUGCUACCACUGACCAAGUCCGAGUACAUGGGGACCAACAUUCCGGGGAAAAGAAAAGAAAUGCUGAACUAUCUGGGAGGGGUGCCACUGUACAUUCAACAGAUCAACACUUCUCUGACCGAGGGGCUGAGUGGAUUUGUUUUAGCGUGA